AUGGCCAACACCCAAAUUCCCCAGGGUCACUGGCAGCCCGGCCCUCUCCCUAAAGACAUCUACUACGGCAGUGGCUGUGUGGCCCGGCACCUCCUGUUUUGUCUAGCGCCAUCAAGCAGGGUCUUCGUCAUCACGAACACAUCCCUAAGCAAAACACCCCUCCUCCCACAGCUAGAAAGCAUCCUGGGAGCCCAGCACGCCGGCACAAUCUCGUCCAUCAAACAACACGUCUCCUUGUCAGAUAUCGAAGACGCUUUAUCAACCAUCCUAUCGACCACCCACACACCAACACCUAUCACUCUCCUCUCUCUAGGCGGAGGCUCCGCCAUCGACGCCACCAAAAUCAUCUCUUACAAGUACCACUCCGCCACCAGAUCCUUCCUCCCACACAUCGCCAUCCCGACAACCCUCAGCGGCGCAGAAUGCACUCCAGGCGGCAGCUACACCAUCACCGAACAAUCCCCCACCACCCCAGUAACCACCAAGAAGGCAAUCAUCCACCCGGACCUCGCCAUCUCCACCAUCUUCUACGACCCCAUCUACGCCGCCCACACGCCCCCAACCCUCUGGCUAAGCACGGGCAUCCGAGCCCUCGACCACGCAACCGAAUGCAUGUACCAUCCUCUCGCAGCCGAAGUACCCUGGAAAGCCCUCGCCUUGUUCGCAUUCAGCGAGCUCCUCACUUGCUUACCCCUAUCCAAGGCCCAUCCAACCGAUGACAAUCUCACGGUGAGGUUAAUGCUCGCUGCGUACGCCAGCUCGGGAUUCAAGGGUUCCAAUAUCGGGGGAGAACUCGGUCUCUCGCAUCGACUGGGCCAUGUGCUGGGCUCGGCGUAUGGUAUUCCGCAUGGUAUUACGUCGUGCAUGACGCUAGGACGGGUGGUGUGUGUUAAGGCGAGGGAUAGGGAUGCUGCGGCGCAGAUUGUGAGGUUGAUUCCGGGGAUAGAGGCUGGGGAUGGGGAUGGGAGGCUUAGGACGGGGGAUGACUAUGCGGAUGCGGUGCAAGUUGGGAAGAGGAUUCAGGGAUUGGCGAGGGAGUUGGGGCUCGAGGGGAAGUUGGGGGAUUAUGGGGUGGAAAGGGACGAGGUGGAGAGGAUUGUGAGGAGGGUUGUUGGGGAUGAGGGUGAUGAGAGGGAAAUGAAGGAGGUGGAGGAGGUGGUUAUGAGGCUUUUUUGA